AUGCGCUGGAGCGUCUCUACGUCGUUCCUGAUUGCAGGUCUUAUUGACAAUGUCUGUGCUGGCCUGCACCAUCACCAUGCCCAUCGUCACCGUCAUCAUCAUUUGAUGCAACGUGCUGAAAAGCCGGAAUCGAGGGUCGAUAACGUGGACAAUAUCAUAGAGGAGAUUGUUGUUGAAUCUACCACACUCACAACCACCUCCACUGUUUUUGGAAAUUGUGCGCCAACCAAUACCAUUUUCACAACGCUCACAAUCGUCGCGACAAGACCUACACCUAUGCCACAUGAUUUUUAUCCCCCGGCACACAACUGGACCCCUGCUGAACAUGGGUAUUUUGAAGCAUUCCAGGCCCAAUGGGACCAGUUCCCACCGCAGCCUGAGCCCACUCAGAUGCUUGCCCCCAAGCCAAUGCAGCCGGAGCCCACAUCAACCACUUUCAAGACCAAAACAAUCCACAAGACUGCGACACAUACUGUAAAGGUCACUGUUUAUCCGGAAGAGAGUCUGAUUCCAACUCCAAACGCGCCUCCUGGGACUGCUUCAGACGAAGAAAAGGCAGCACUGGCGGACACACUCCCCGAGAACUCCUUGGAAGAAGAGAAAGCCAUCCCAGCGAAAAGACCUCCUCCUCCUCCCCAUCCACCACACAAGCCAAAGGGUGGCCCAGUCAACGCCGUGCUGGAUCUUCCUAGCGAAGUGCUGCCCGGUAUCCCGGUAGUCGACGAAAUCCUUCCAGGCCCCAACCCCAACCCCCCGUCCCCAGUGGAAUGGACCAGAAUUCCACCAGCAGGAGAGUUCUCAUUCAACGGUUUCGGCGGCCGAACUGUACCAAAAGGCACGGAGAUCCACUACGUGGGCAAUAUCGGCAAACCAUGGGGAAGCAAUAUCAUCAUGGUCAGCGAAGCCGAAGCACAUAGCUACAAAUACGUGGCCAAGUUCAGCGGGUCCAACGAUGAGCCCUGGACGGUGAUCGUAUGGAACAAGGCCGGCCCCGAUGGAAAGUUGAAUGGGUGGUACGGGAAAUCCGCGUUGACGUUUACUCUUCCGCCUGGCGAAACCCGCUAUGUCGCUUUUGACGAGGACUCCGAGGGUGCGUGGGGUGCUGCGCCCGGUGACCAUCUUCCUACGGACCACUGGGGCGGAUAUUCGUGCACUUGGGGUGAGUUUUCGUUUGGCGAUGGCGAAAAUAAUGGAUGGUCCGGCUGGGAUGUUUCUGCUAUUCAGGCUCAGAUUGCCAAGCAGCAUGUGCAGGGCAUGUCUAUAUGUCAGGCAAAUGGUAAGGGGUGCUCGGUUAUCACCCCAGGUGCGAAAAAGGUCGUGGAUGCAUACACUGAGUCGAAGAAACAUCUAAAUGGCAUUGGGGGUGCAGCUUCCCCUGGGCCUGUGCGAUUGGAUGUGCUGCUUGAUUAUCGGGGGUAA